AUGUACAAUAUUGUAUCUGAAAAUUUACAAGAAUUUAAUGAAUAUUUUGUAGAAAAUUUUCAUAGCCUAAUUCAUCAACAUACUACAGCUCUUUUCCUUAUUGAAUUUUUUCAAAACAUUUGGCCUAAUUCAACAUCUCCACAGCAUGCACCACAAUCUAUAACAAGACCAAUUAAAUCAACUGGUCAUAAGUUUUUUGUAUUAAAUGAAAUUAUGAAAAUAGGGACUUUACCUACAGGAUAUCACACAAAAAGUCCUCCAAACUUCAACAUAUUUUGUGAUGCAAAAGAUUGUGAUAUUAAUAUAGAAAUUGAUCAAUUACAACUUUAUGGAAAAGUUCUAAUAUGUGGUCACGGAUAUCAUAAUGAGUGUUUUCAAAAGAUGAGUUUUAAAUGUCAUUAUUGUUUAGAUUAUCUUGUAGAUGGAAUUAAUGUAUUAUCAUCCUCUUACAAUGAUAGAUUGGAAACACAAAUACUUCUUGAAAACAAAAAUUCAGAUUCAAAUUUACCUCCAGCUCAACUAAUAUUCUAUCUUGAGUUGUUAAAUGGACUCGCACAACAAUUUCCUGAUUUUAAGAUCAGUAAUGUAGAAUUGGCAAAAGUUUUUACAAUUUCUUGGAGGAAUGCUGGCACUGAAUAUACAGACGAAUUUAUCAUCCUAGCCGAUAAACUUGGACUCUAA